AUGGAAGUCUUACUUGGAGAUUAUACUCUCAAUUAAUAAACUUUCGUGGAGAUUCAGUUUUCUCUAAAUCAAUCAAUUUCAGCUGGGGAUAGUCUUAAGUUUAUGUACGGGUCUACUCCUCUAAUGUUUAACAAAGACUUGAUUGAAUGUUAAUUGUUUUCAAGAAACGGACUCUCAACAAAUUAAUUGCUUGUUGAUUCUAAAAAACAAGGUUUCUUUGCUAAAAUUCAAAUUAUUUAGUAGGACACUAAAUCUAGUUCAAUUAAAAAAGGAAACAUGAUUUUUUAAUUUGUUGCUACUACAAAUUGUGAAGUACAAGCAAGUUUUAUUCUGGAUUUUGAAUAUUAAGGCGAAGUAUCUUUGGAGGCUUGGAGUAAAUCCUGUGAAUUAUACCUGAAUUAAACCUUAUUUCAGACUAAUGUGUGCAUGGAAAAUGCCAUCAUAUUCCAAUAAAAAACCUUUAAUCAGUUUUACUGCGAACUCAUUGAGAUAAAAUGUGACAUCAACAACUAUGAUAAUAAACAAUUCUACCCGGAUAUUCUAAUUUAAGAUGAAGAGCUACUCUAAUUAUAAAAGAUCAUAUUGGAGGAAAUUAUUGCAUUUUAUUUAAGCAAAGUUGGUAAAUUUACGAUAAAUUUACUAAAAGUGGAGAAGACACUCCAAAGAAAAUAAUAGUUAGGAAUGUAAAGAUGA